AUGGAUCCAAGGCUUUUAGAGUCCAUUAGCAGCAACAACAUACCUGCGUUUAUCAGCUUAGUUCAUGAAAACGAAGGGCUUAUCGAGGAAAGGACAGCUGAUUCUUUGAACACAGUUUUACACCUUGCUUCGAAGUUUGGAAACAUUGACAUGGUGUCUGAAAUUACUAAGCUGUGCCCUGAAAUGGUUACUGCUGAAAACAAACACCUGGAGACUCCAGUACAUGACGCUUGUCGCCUAGGAAAUGCUAGCAUCUUAAAGCUGCUAUUAGAAGCCAAUCCCCGCGCCGCCUGUAGGCUUAACUCAGAGAAAAAAAGUGCUUCUUUUGUAGCUUGCAGUCUUGGCCAUUUUGAUGCUGUAAAUGUCUUAUUGAACCAGCCUGGGAUUACAAGUUUAGAGGAAGUUGGGCUUGACCAGACAUGUAUUCAUGUCGCUGCAUCCAGUGGGCAUGCAGAUAUUGUUAGAGAGAUGCUAAACAUGUGCUCUGACUAUGCUCAAAAGACUGAUGAGAAAGGAAAUUCACCUUUGCACUAUUCUUGCAACGAAGGGCACAGGGAGAUAACUUGGAUGCUUCUACACCGGGAUGUGAAUCUGGCGUUGCAGUAUAACAACAACGGUUAUACACCUUUGCACUUGGCAGUAAUAAAUGGAAAUAUUUCAGUCCUUGAAGACUUUGCACUGAAGGCUCCAGCAGCUUUCCAUUAUCUCACAAAAGAAGAAGAGACCAUAUUUCAUCUCACUGUGAGAUAUGGCAAAUUUGAAGCCUUGUUAUUCUUGAUGCAUGUUGCUAACAGUUCGAAUCUCGUGCAGUGUCAAGAUCGGUAUGGCAACACCACCUUACAUUUUGCAGUUUCCGGAGGGCGUUAUGAGAUUGCUGAGUACUUGAUCAACAAAGCAAGAGUGGGGAUUAAUUCCCGGAACUGCAAAGGGUUUACAGCAUUUGACAUCCUCAAUCAGGCCAAGGACUGUGCAGACACUCGGAAUCUUCAGAGCAUCUUCCAAAGAGCCGGUGGUGAAAGAAGUAUUAAUGUGACAACUUGUUCACCAGAAACAUUAUCUUCAAGGCAGAGCUACAUAUUCGAAUCAGAUAUGUCUAUUAUGGAUGAAAAUGGUAAUUUCCCCUCUUUGCCAGAAAUCAGCUACAUUCCGCAAGAGAACCAGAACAAGUCUCGAAUGCCAUCGCUCCAGAAUCAAGUCCAAGAGAGGUUUGACAAGGAAGCAUACAAAAUUGAGUCCUUGUCGCCAACCAAUUCACAUCAAGGCAAGUCUUCCAGCAAAAGGUAUCGUGAAGAUCGUAAGCAGCAUAAGAUAUACAAAGAGGCAAUACAAAAUGCAAGGAACACUAUAACUCUAGUUGCCAUUUUGAUUGCAACAGUUGCUUUUACAGCUGGAAUUAGCCCUCCUGGUGGUGUCUAUCAGGAUGGAGCAAUGAAAGGGAAGGCAUUGGCAGGCAGAACAACAGCUUUCAAGGUCUUUGCAAUAAGCAAUGACGUUGCGCUGUUCACGUCACUCUCCAUAGUUGUUGUUCUUGUCAGUAUCAUCCCCUAUCGGAGAAAGCCACAGAUGAGAUUGCUGGUGAUUGCUCACAAGGUCAUGUGGGUAGCUGUGGCAUUCAUGGCAACAGCUUAUGUUGCAGCAACAUGGGUGGUCAUGCCACGAAACCACGGGACUGCGUUUGUCCUUGUCACUCUGCUGGCAGUUAGUGGAGGCACUCUAGGAACAAUCUUCAUUGGUCUUGGAGUGAUGCUAGUUGAUCAUUGGCUGAGAAAGUUAAAUUGGAGGAAAUUUAAAAGGGGAAUAUGGGGGGGAGCUGCAGAUGAAUUGGAAAGCCAAAACUCUGAUGUUGAGAGCUCCUUCCAUCAAGGAUAUCACUCAUACUGA